UGGUAUCUCCAACGAUUUGAAAACACCGCAUCCCUGAAACAGAUGAUGCUUGUGGAUAGUCAAGACGUUCGUAAGACGUACCUAUACCGUCUCAGCCAGGACAAAGCCAUGACUAAUUUCAAGAACAUCUUGCUGCUGGGCUCAGCGGACGACUACAUCGUGCCGCUCCACUCGGCGCAUAUCAAGUUGGCCAAGCACAUCGUCAGGGAUACCACGCCCAUGGGCGCCGCCUACCGGGAAAUGCUGCGCAACAUCCUCAAGCCGCUCAUCGACAAGCCGGACCUGAACCUCGUCCGGCUGGAGGUGCACGUUCCUUUCCGCAGUUCCCUAAUCUCCUCCAACGUGCACAUCGCACCACUGGACUGCGAGAUACUCGUCCAGAAGAUCGCGCUCGUUGCAUGCGCGAGACAUCUGCUCUGAACCUGCCACAAGCCCGAGCAGCCAAACUCCACCCAGGCGCCCUAGCAACAGAAGCGCCCUCCGGUGUACAGAUCCACUCACACCAGCCCGCCCACUCUACGCACAAAGCUGCCGUGUCAUGCACGAAUUGGUCGUGCCGAACGUGGCAGGCGAUGACGCGCGGAGUAAGCCCCACGACUCAAUGAGGACUCAGUGCGUUGAUGUUUACACGUACGACGCAUUUUUACGACAGUACUAACGAAUGCGUCUCGUGAGAGAGACCCGACGUAGCGUGCGCUCGCUUGCAAACCUUGCGUGGCCGAUCAGUCGUUGCCGCGUAGACCAAUUGCGGUAUUUACCAUCGCCCUGAUAUAAGCGUGUGCAUCUGCGGGGUAUGUUCUACGAAAUUAAACAAUUCUCCCCUCGGGUACCUUGUAGACAGGACGACAUAUUACGUUAAGCGAUAAAAAUGCUACGGUCCCGAGUUGUUUUGGGUCAUUUCCUUUCAAAACCGAAAAAGGAAGAAAAAAAGUUAUAGAAAAUCGAUACUGUUCUGUAUUCGAUGACCUACCUAAGAAUUCAAUACAAGCUCCACCUACAAAACCCCAUCACAUAUGCGCCAUGUGCUGCUUCCAUGCUCUAAAACAUAAUUCCAGGGCGACGUUGAUAUUGAAAGAAGUUCGCCCCCAACGUCGACGACAAAGAAAAGAGGGAAUGUAAUUGACUGGUGCAUCUCCACAAAUU